AUGCAACAUUGGUAUCGCAAUGAGGAUAAUGUGGUUCGGUUACUGGGUCGAGCAGAAUUCGGAGCGAUAGUGCUUAUUGGUAAAGAUGUGAGGCAUUCUACUUCAAACAAUGGCGGAUUACCAACUGUAUCUUCAUCCGUUCGAAUGCUCGGACGAUUUCCAUUUAUCGCUUCACUUUCCCAUCCAAACCUUGUUUCCUAUACAGAAAUCAUUCGUUCAACAACGCUUGAGGAUGCUAUAAUUUUAAUAUCUGAGCAUUAUUCCUCUUCAAUAUAUACUGAAAUUCGUGCAAAGAAUUGUAUAGAAACCGAAAAGAUUAUUUCAAUUUCGAACGAUAUUCUUUCGGCUUUGGAUUAUCUUCAUUCUCAGUUAAUUGUGGUUGGAUAUUUCACGGCCGAUUCUCUACAGCUGACUUCUGAAAAAAUGACACGACUUGCACAGUAUGGAAUAUACUAUAUCAGCGGUGGUGGUGAAGAUAUAGAAAGUUUUGUGGCCUCUCCAUGGUAUUUAUCACCUGAGCGAUUGCUGUUGUUAAUGCACGGAAGUAAAACUGCUAUGCGACAAGGUGACAUAUGGGCGUUUGGAAUAAUUUUGCUUGAAAUGAGCUGUACUUGUCUGCUAUCAGAUUUAUGGAAUGUUGAAGAUUUCCUGAAUAUGAUCAUGUCUUUUGUAAAAAGCGGUUUUAAAUCAUUGCUUCGCCCUCUUUUGCAAGAAAUUCAUGAAAAAUGCCCUUCUAUUCACAUUAAUUUUGAUCCAAAUAUAUGUUCAUUGGUUGAACUUAUGCUUUCUGUUGAAUCUUCUGCUCGACCUUCUGCAAAAUGGCUGCUUACAGAAUUUAAAAAACUAAAGAUUGAUUCAUCAUCAUCUUUUGAUAUAAAUAUUUAUUCAAAAUAUGGGAUAUAUUCGAAUGGGUUUGGUUUAUCGAUGAACAUAGAUCAACUGAAAGCCAGAAUUAACCGAGAAGGUGAAGGUUAUCUUCAAACACAGCCAUUAAAAGAAGCUUUUUUUCUAUGGAAAUUAAGUGGAAGUACUGUGGAAAAUAUAUUGUUGAACCAUGGUAUUAUCAAAGCCAAUUCACCAAUAACUACUCUACCAGCAAUUGUUACUGGCGAUUGUUUCAUGUUCGGAAAUUCUUCUCGACGAUAUGAUUCUAUUUUUGAUAUUUUUAUUCUCCCAUCUAUUAAUUUACGGAAUCGUUUCUCUUCCAUAAGUAAAGAUCGCUUCAUAUUAAAUUUUGAUUGUACUGGUAUCACUGUUGACGAAAAUAAACUCUCUUUGUUUGUUAAGGAAAAAGAUAUCGAAUAUCAGGCAAGGCGGAUGUUUGUUUUCCGUCGUCUCUUGGCGGCUUCUACUUAUAAAAGACAAAGGCUGCUGCAAGAAUGUAAACGUGAUAUUGCUCCUUUCCAUCGCGCUUUUGUAUGGGUUUCUUUGCUUAAUAUUUCAUAUGAUGUGAAUAGACAGUUUGAAUUUGUGGAUACUUUCACUGAACAUUCUGCUGAUCGGCAGCUAAUGGUUGAUAUACCUCGAUGUCAUCAAUAUGACGAAUUGAUGGCAUCACCUGCUGCUCACAGAAAGUUGAAGCGACUUCUGAAGUUUUGGCUUCUGUCUCAUAAAAACUAUGUUUAUUGGCAAGGAUUGGAUUCAUUAACAGCUCCUUUUCUUGUCCUCCAUUUUGAGCGCCUACCUUUUGCAUAUGCCUGCCUUGAAUCCUUUAUUUCUCUGUAUCUAAAUGAUUUUUUUUUGAAAGAUAAUUCAUCUGUAAUUCAAGAAUAUUUAGCAGUUUUCAAUCAUAUUAUGGCUUUUGUUGAUGCAAAGCUGUAUACACAUUUAUCAAAGAUGGAUUUUUCCCCCGAAUUAUUUGCGAUUCCAUGGUUUUUAACUUGUUUCGCGCAUGUUCUUCCUCUUCAUAAACUUUUUCAUGUAUGGGAUGUGGUUCUUCUGGCCGAUUCGUCCUUUCCUCUCUUUAUAGGAUUAGCUGUUAUGGAGCAGCUGAGGCCUAGACUUAUUUCAUCAAAUUUUAACGAUGCAAUUCUUCUAUUUUCUGAUCUUCCUGAUUUAAAUAUGGAACAUAUUUUGCUUUAUUCGCAGUCGCUAUAUGAUAGUGUUCCUGCUUCAUGUACUUAUAGGAAGCAUUCUUCCAAGCAUGUACGAGAAGUUCAUUCGAUGAAACAAUUGUCCGUCAAUGAUCUCAAAGAAUAUUCAUGCCCCAGAUUAUCAGUCGUUGAUCUGAUUCGUCUUAUAAAUACUUCAUCAGUUUUAAUUGUUGAUGUGCGGAUGGCAAACGAAUUUUCUCGAUGUUCUAUUUCUGGAAGCAUUAAUUUUCCUCCUAUCGGUGAUGAUGACUAUCUUGAUGCCAUUCGCUCUGCAUUAAUUAAUGCACAGAUUUUAAAUCAUAUCAUAGUCUUUAUUGAUAGUCAGCCUGGUUUUAGAGCUAAAAAGGUAUUGGUUGACUAG